CACGGCCUCAGUCACUGACCCAUGCUUCAGUGGAAAUGUCACUUCUGCGUGCGUCUGCCUCACAGACUUAACAAUCACUUAAAUCUCGUAAUUAACUUUUCUCAUUGUCUACAAAUCAAUACGCCCACAAUUGCCCUAAGGGUUCCGUUUAAAAACGGACUGAAACACGAAGAAAGUUUCUUUGCAAACUUUAUCAGGGAUAUUUCCCUGCUUGUAGUUACAUCCAGUGGAAGAUCAAAACUCAGCGAUGUCAUCAACGGAGCAACUGGCGAUUGUCCAAUCGAAAUUCACGUCGGGUGAAACAGUAGUUAUUGCGAUGGAAACGCCAUUAAUCCAAGGAUGGUUGAGAGCAGCCAGAAUAUUAGCUCUAGUCAACAAAGGUUCCACACAUGCCUUAGUCAUCUUACUCACAUCGAGAACUCCGCCUAGAGUGUUUAGUGAUCUCACCAUCGAAAGAGUUCUUCCCAUCGAUCAAGACUUCAAAUGCGACAUCAAUACAGAUGAGACACAACCAGAUGGGUCGGAUGUGUUUUUGAACGUGUCUUCUCGGAAGCUUCAAUUGGUGUUUGAGAUGAAACCAGGAGUAGCAACCAGUGCCUUAGUCUCAGAGAUAUUCCGAGCUUUUGAUGAUUACCAAAAGAGUAAGAGUCCACCGACGGAAUAUCUAUGGAUCCAGAAACUGACUGGUAGUUCAAGGAACUUGGAGUCUUCUGCUAACGAUGCCCAGGACGGGUCUGAUCCUUUGGUCGAACUGGAAAGCCCCGAUCUUGUCGUUCCAAGACAGAACAUUGCCAAGGGUAAAGCGCCAGUGGCGGCAAGGGAAUCUGUGGUUCGUUAUCAGAUGGCUUGUAAAGAGGAAGACUACACCUACACUCAAGUCUUCAGAAUGUUUAUAGGUACGUGGAAUGUUAAUGGCCAACCACCAAACGGUAUAUCUUUGGAACAGUGGCUCAGCUGCGAUCAAAAGCCACCGGAUUUGUAUGCCAUAGGAUUUCAAGAACUAGAUUUGAGCAAAGAAGCGUUUCUUUUCAAUGAUACACCACGGGAAGAGGAAUGGUGCCAAGUCGUCACCAAAUAUCUUCACCCGCUGGGAAAUUACCAUCGGAUAGCUGUAGUCAGAUUAGUGGGCAUGAUGCUAAUCGUCUUUGCUGAAGAGAAACAUGUUCCAUUUAUUAAAAGUGUGUCUACCGAUACCGUUGGUACUGGAAUCAUGGGUAAAAUGGGAAACAAAGGCGGAGUGGCUCUGAGCUGUUCAAUUCACAACACAUCCGUAUGUUUUGUGAAUGCCCACUUGGCCGCGCAUUGCGAAGAAUACGAAAGGCGUAAUCAAGAUUAUGCAGAUAUCUGUGCAAGGCUUAGUUUCGCAAGAUACGUUCCACCGAAAGCUCUCAAGGACCACGAUCAAAUAUACUGGCUCGGCGAUCUAAAUUAUCGAAUAACUGAAAUGGAGGCAUCUGUUGCAAAGCAUUAUAUAUCAGUUGACAAUUUUGAGCCUGUUCUUGCCUUUGACCAAUUGGUGCAACAGCGCCAGCUAGGCAAAGUGCUUCAAGGCUACCACGAGGCCGAAAUUAAAUUUAAACCCACAUACAAGUACGAUCCAGGCACAGAUAACUGGGACUCAAGUGAAAAGGGUAGAGCUCCAGCCUGGUGCGAUCGAAUUCUUUGGAAAGGAGAUGCUAUCUUGCCAAUAGAAUAUAGAAGUCACUCCGAAUUGAAGAUUUCGGACCACAAACCUGUCAGCACGAUCUUUGAUUCUCAAAUCAGAGUAAUAGACAUGGUUAAUUAUCGGAAAAUACUUGAAGAGGUAAUGAAGAAAUUGGACAAAUUGGAGAACGAAUUUUUACCUCAAGUGAUGGUUGAUACAACUGAGAUUAUCUUUGACACACUCAAAUUCUUCGAAUCGAGUAAAAAAGAGCUAAUUAUUGCAAAUACUGGCCAGGUUCCUGUUCAAUUCGAGUUCAUAAAGAAGCUCGAUGAUAUAAACUAUUGCAAAGAGUGGUUAAAGAUAGAGCCCUACACAGGCUUUAUAAAGCCAGGUGAAAAAUGUGACAUUCAGCUUGAAGUACACGUUGACAAAAAGUCUGCGUGCAAAUUAAACUCUGGCGAAGAUAAACUGUAUGAUAUUCUCGUUCUACAUCUUGAAGGGGGCAAGGAUAUAUUCAUCACAGUUACAGGCACUUAUCAAAGAAGUUGCUUCGGAUCAUCGAUGGAAGCUCUAGUUCAUAUUGAUGUUCCAGUAAGGGAAAUUCCCGUCGGAAGAUUAGUAGAGUUGGAAAACCAUAAAAACCUAACGGCAGAACGAUAUCCCAUACCAAAAGAGAUCUGGCUUCUAGUCGACAACCUUUACAGGCAUGGAAUAAAAACAAAACAACUCUUUGAAAGUCGUGGAUACCACUCCGAGAUCAUUGCUAUAAGGGAUUGGUUAGACGAGGGGAGUCAGGAGUCUAUGCCUGGCUCUGUACAUUCCGUAGCUGAAGCAUUUUUGCUACUUCUGGAGUCAACAGCCGAACCUUUAGUUCCAUAUAAUCUACACAACGUCUGCUUGACCGCGGCUACAAACUACUCGCAAUGCAAACAGAUUGUGAUGCAGUUGCCAGAAAUUAGAAGAACUGUCUUUAUUUACAUUUGUUGUUUCUUGCAAGAAAUUUUAAAUCACACGCAGGAUAAUUUUCAAGAUGCCAAAACACUCGCUAGUUUGUUCGGAUCUAUUUUCUUACGUGAUCCACCAAGAAGUCGAGAUGAUCGAAGUCAACGGAGUAGAGCAAGUCAAGUGACAUUUGAUCGCAGGAAAGCAGCAUUUGUCUACCACUUUAUGGUCAAUGAUCAAAGUGACUUCAUUCUAGGGCGAUAAAUCUACAUAAUAAUCUACCCAGGUAGAAAAUGAACUUGCCAAAUUGGCGGUAUCCACGAAUAGCUCAUUCGGUUGAACUUCGGCCACUUGAAUAACGGUAAAAACUAAUUUUUUAAUGCACGUCAGCAAGGUAGGAAGAUCUCUUUAUAAUUAAAUAAUUCAAACAGUUAUAUAACUUUCCUUCUAGCAUGCGUAAUGACAUAAUGAUAUAGAUCAGCAUUUCGAAACAAAGGUUUUUAAAAUAGGAAAAUUCAGUUGCCAAGAGGAAAUUAGAAUGAAACAAAUUUAUGGAAAAACACUGAGAAAACAAUGUUUCCUUAAAUUUAUAACCUACUACGGGAAAUUUUCGAUUCUAUUUGUGCGUCGGUAAGUUCGAAAUGAAUAUCAGAUAGAGCUUACAGAAAGCGUAUUUUGAAACGAGUUGUGCGAACUCGUAAAGAAGUUUUUAUAUUUUUUACGCAACAUGUUAGUUGUACAACUAGCAUAUCACCCUUGUCUAGCAGUAAGAAUUUUUACAAAUCAAAUCCGGCCUCUAACUUUGUGCAAAAAAAGACAAUUUGAAUAUGAAACUGAUUUUUCCAUUAUGAGUAAGAAAAUUGCUUUCUUUUCGUGCAGCUUGCGCUAUUUAUUCAUAAUUAAGCUAUCUAUUCAUAGCUGUGCUCUGUAUAAGACUUGCUUUCAGUGAAACGCUUUGAAGCAUUUAAGAAUUCUAAUAUUAUAAAGCUUAAACAUUCAGCGAUUAUAAAUAUGCGUGCAAUAUUUAGCUACGUGAGGCAUAGUGGAGCAAAUUAGAAUAAUUGACGUAUUCGACUAUUUGAUCAGUGAUAUAUCACGUUUUAUACCGGAUGAUAAUAUUAUAAUUUAUUACAAAAAUGUAGUUGCUAUUUAAAUCAGAGGAAUCUGUACUUUUUGCUGUAUAAUAUUCAGCAAUCACAGUAGAGGUUGAAAAAUUUUUCCCAUGUAUCUACUAGUUGAAUAUUUUCUGCUGUGCCUUUGAUUUUAAUCCAUUGUCUCGAUCAUUGAAACUUUGUCUUUUUGGGACUAUUGUCGUCUGCUGCCACUGAAUUGUAAGCAGUGGAGCUGCCAAGAACAAUAUAAUCAUCUCAAAUGUUUUUGAAACUUAGUCAGACUAAGGUCAACGUAGAUUGUGAAUAAAAAACAUUGGGUUAGUCCAAAGAGGAUAAUUAAUUUUUCUAAUAUUGUUACUCAACUUCAUAGAACGUUUUGCAUUUGCGUAUAUCAAUCAUCUCAUUUCAGGAGCAUUGCCUUUUACGUAAUUUCAUUCAUUGUCAGAUUAUUGUGAUGAUAUGUAAACAUGAAUGUAACGAUCAUGGCUCUUUUUACCAAACUUAUAAUCAGUAAUCACGGUGACAGUCGUUUUAAUUUUCGAACGUUUUUUUUUUUUUUUUAAGUGAACCACAUUUGUUGUUUACAAUUGCUAGCAGAUUUGGUAAUAAUUUUACAACUCCCUUCCUAAAAAUUACUACCGCACUACUAGGGUAUUUGUUUCUUGUUUCCCAAGAUAAAUUUGCAUCAACUGAAGUAUCUGCGACAAAAAUUCGAGCAACAUUAAAUCUGGCAAUCCAAUUUGUUUAAAAUUAUAUUUCUGCUAAGAUUUAAUCGUUAUGUCGUUAGAAACAACACACUUUAGCGUUUCAAAUUUACGGACCGAACUUUUGUUUUGGUCCAUUCACAUUCAAAACAUGUCGAAUUCAAGAUGUAGAAAGUUUAGUAUAUUUUUCAGCCAAUUUUUCCUGUAAUAAUUGCAUCAUCUUUCGUUAUGAUAAGCAGUCUUGUGAAGUACUUAGAUCCUAGUAUAUUUUACGUAUCUCUAUUUUGGUUAUUCUCUUCUCAUAGAUUACCUACGCGUAGUAGGUACUGUCUGUAAGUACCAGUAAAUAUAAUGCAACUUUUAUGACGUCGAUUAGCAAAAAAUUGAUUCUAGAAAAGUUUCAAAUCGACUGACUCUUAUCACAAAACUAAUUCACUUUACACAGAAUACUCUGCAGAUGAAUUAAUUUAUAAUCUUGUGAGUACCUUAAAAUUUGAUAAACUUCUAACCCAGUAGUUUGUAUGAUGCAUCAUACAUGCAUUAAAAGGACAAGAGGAUAGAAGUUUACGAGAAGACGAAAUAAUCGGCCCCAAGUCAUUAACUCGAUUUCAAGGCGUGAUAUAUAUUUCUAAUAUCCAGUUCAUAAAACAGCGAUACGAUUUAAGCAAAGUAAAAGUAACCCCAUAAGCAAGAUGUCAUUUGCCAGAGAAGGAAUGUAGACGUAACAUACGUAAUUACUUAUAUUCAUAUAAUUUCAAUAGUACCUGUAUUAAUAAUAAUUAUUGUGAAACUUAAUUUAUGGAAUAAGGAAGGAUGACAAAAAUUCAUUCAGCAGUCAUUUUCUGUCUAAUAAGAUAAUUUCGAAUACAAUAGAUAUUUAGUAUUCGCGAAUCCAUUAUUAAUUUAUGUAUCUCAUGUAUCACGUGUUAUAUAGUAUCUUCAUUUACUCUGGUCUUCUACUCUAAUGUAGUAAAAUAAAUCAUUUUAACCACAAA